CGUUUUCAAAAUAGCGUAAAUCAUGGGGUGGGGAUGGAGUAGCCCCUCCAACGUAAACACACGUAAACAUUAGCCCAUAUCUCCAGAGGAAUGAUAAAGCUGCAAUAAAAGUGAAAAAGCAGCAGAAUAAUCUCGUUAAUGUAAUUCGAAAGCAGCGAACGUACAACGAUGAUAAUCCGGAAAAAGGUGUGGCCGCGAACUAUCAGUGAUCUACUGUCGAUGACCUUCGUUCUAAUCAUAGCGCCUCUCCUGUACUGGUUCGGACUAUGGAUAGUGCUGCCGGGAUUGUACGGGAACGAGAAUCCUGUAGCGUACACGUUCCAUUUCAUCCUUGGCAGCUUCAUCAUGCUGAAUAUUAUAGGCAAUUUCACGUACACGGUACUGUGCGAUACCAGCAUUGGCGGCGGACGCAUCGUGCCGAUAAGCACCGCAAGCGUGACUGACGGAUGGCGGUUGUGUGCAACCUGUGAAUGUCUGUCGCCGCCGCGUUCAUGGCAUUGCAAUAUCUGCGACACCUGCAUCCUCAAGCGCGAUCACCACUGCGUGUUCACCGGCUGUUGUGUAGGCUACUAUAAUCACAGGUACUUCGUCAUGUUCCUGUGGUACCUGUUCCUUGGCGCAGCAUACGCCUUCUGUUAUGGUAGCCUCUUUAUCUGGAGCAGGAUACCCUUUGAAUUCCCGAUGUCUAUCAUCAAGAUGGUCUUUCCAGUGGCAAUCUUCUUCUUUGGCUUCGACAGUUCCAUUGAUCAGUUCUACUUAUUGCUAUACGUCGUUUCUGCAGUGGGCACUUUGUAUACUGGAGUAUUGUGUGUUUAUCACUUUAAUUUGAUUUUCAAGGGUGUUGUGGGCAAUGAAAGCAACAAAAAAGAUUUUACUUAUGACGUGGGUUGGAAGGAUAACAUUAAGGAAGUGUUUGGUGAACAAUGGUAUGUGGCAUGGUUGCUUCCUUAUGUAAAGUCACAGUUACCUCAUGACGGAAUCUCUUGGGAUCACUUGUGUUCGAAGAAAGAUUGAAUUACUUCAAUUGAUUGUCGUGACUUUCCACAAACUGUGAAAUGUGUUAGGAGCAAGCUUUUCUUGUCUGUAUUAAAAAAUAUCAAAGAAAUGACCAAAGAACAAAGAUUAUUCAGUAAUAAGCAAGAGAAUUUAGACCAAUAUGUGAAAACAAUCAAUUAAAGAAAAGCCUAUCCAGUCAUAGUUGGAUUUUUGUGCUAAUAUUGUGUGAUUUUAUAUACAUUUUCAAGUUUAUUAAUUCAAUAUCUGAAAAAACUAUACUUUUUUAACCAAAGGAGUUGAAUUAAUAAUUUAUUACAAAAUGUAUCUAUUCUGUACAAUUAUUGUAGAUAAGAUUUAUAUCAAACAGGUAGUAUUAUAUAAUUUUAUUGAAUUAUAUAUACAAUGUAUUUUUUGGCACUAAAAUUACAUUAGCAUUAAUUAUCAAUAUUGUCUAUAUUAAAGCUGUAUGAAUGUAUCAAGUUCUAAAUUUUGGAUUUUCUUAAAAAGAUUCUUCAAUAUUUUCACAUGUAUAGAAGCUUAAUCAAAUUUUGCAAAUCAGUUCAUGAUUAACAGAUUACAUGCAUUCCUGAAUUUUUUCCAUUUGACUAGUUUUUUUAAACUUCAUAAUUUUCUAAAGCACACAUUGAAUCUUACAAAAAAAAGUUUUAAAUCAUUUAAUCGUAAAAUGUAUAAUUACAAAAAACUAUAUUCAUAAAAAAGAAUGGAGUUUAAAGAACAUUUUAGAAAAAAAUUAUGUUCCUGCAUUAUUCCAUGUCAAAGUUUGGAAAUAUGUUCAUGAAUUACAGUUCUGUUUAAACAUAAUGUUAUGCUGAAAAUGUGGUAAGGAGACUUGUUUCUACAUUAAAAUUAUUGGUAUAAACAA